AAUGCUUGAAAAAAAAAAACAAGAACUAGGGGAAAACGUACACAUAAAACCAAAAAAGGCGUCUACCAUUGUCAGGUCGUGAUAUGCAUGUUGAAAUAAAAUUUUACCUGGACAAAUUUCGAUCGCCUGCAUUUGUUUGCCAAAUGGACUAGAUUGACGUGGUCACUUUGUUUCUGCAGUGAAUCCUCUUCAGUGAAUGAUUUUUGUAAUUUAUUUGCAGAUCGUUUUGAAGCUUAAAAAAGCAGUAGCAGUACGCAAAUCGGGGAGCCAAAUAAAAGGCCCUUUAGCCGAUGCGAUUCGGUUCCUAUCGGUCACCAAAAAGAGCCAUUCGUUCGCGAACGACCCAUCACUAUCAGACAGGACUUGGGCCGAUCCAACAGAGCCCGUGAGUGGUAGCCAUUUUGCUCCCACCUAAAACACUAGUUUCAUUUGGAAUCGAAGAUGGAAGAAAUAGAACCGACUGCAAGUCCAAAAGCUCAACAAUUUUGAAACCCAGGAAUACAGACGGAUAUCAAGGCACACACGGAUAACAUCACAACAAAAUUGCGAUUUUGGGAGCGGUGACAUCUGAACCUUCCGCCGUCCACUCUGAGUAGCCUAGAUUGGAGUCGAUCAGCCUCUUAGUUCAAUUUAACAGCCAAUGUAUUGUAUUUUUUGCAAUGAAACAUAUAGUUGACAUACUUAAUUCUGAACAUAAAGGACGAUAGGGCGAAUGCCCUGCUGCCGAGGAGCGUCAUAGGGAAAUACAUGUCAUUCAAUUCUGUUUGCGUCUUCGGGAUAUCUUGAGACAAAUUUGGAUUCGAUGGACCGAUGUUGAGACAGUUGCCGAAUUCAUAGUUUGUGUCCAAAUGCAAGAAUACAAUCGCCUCCCCUCGUAUUGCCAAAGGAGGUGCAGAAUAUAGGGAAAUAGACAACAUUUCAUCGAGAAAAUGUCAACAAGAACUCCUCUACCUACAGUCAAUGAGAAAGAGAUGGAGAGCCAUACAUCUCACAGCAAUGGGCGCCAGGAGGUCACCGCUCGCUCCGUCCGCUCCGGGGUCCGCACCCGGAACUCUGGGGCCGACGAGCAGCCUCAUGUGGGGAACUACCGACUCCUGAAGACCAUUGGGAAGGGCAACUUCGCCAAGGUCAAGCUAGCCCGUCACAUCCUCACUGGCAGAGAGGUGGCGAUAAAGAUUAUCGAUAAGACACAACUGAACCCAAACAGCCUUCAAAAGCUCUUCAGAGAAGUAAGAAUAAUGAAGAUUUUAAACCACCCAAAUAUAGUCAAGCUGUUUGAGGUGAUCGAGACAGAGAGAACGCUGUACCUGGUGAUGGAGUAUGCCAGUGGAGGAGAGGUCUUCGACUACCUUGUUGCACACGGAAGGAUGAAGGAAAAAGAGGCCAGGGCUAAAUUUAGACAGAUCGUUUCUGCUGUGCAGUACUGCCACCAGAAGCACAUUGUUCAUAGAGACCUGAAGGCAGAGAACCUGCUGCUGGAUGCAGACAUGAACAUUAAGAUAGCGGACUUUGGCUUCAGUAAUGAGUUCACCAUGGGGAACAAGCUGGACACGUUCUGUGGCUCCCCACCCUACGCCGCCCCAGAGCUGUUUCAGGGGAAGAAGUACGAUGGGCCCGAGGUGGACGUCUGGAGCCUGGGGGUCAUCCUCUACACACUGGUCAGCGGCUCUCUGCCCUUCGACGGGCAGAACCUCAAGGAGCUAAGGGAGCGGGUUCUGAGGGGGAAAUAUCGUAUCCCCUUCUACAUGUCCACAGACUGCGAGAACCUCCUCAAGCGCUUCCUGGUGCUCAACCCGGCCAAGCGGGGGACUCUCGAGCAAAUCAUGAAAGACCGCUGGAUCAACGCGGGAUCGGAGGAGGACGAGCUCAAGCCUUUCGUAGAACCAGAACAGGACAUCACAGAUCAGAAGAGAAUAGAUGUAAUGGUGGGGAUGGGCUUCUCUCCAGAGGAUAUCCAGGAGUCUCUGGCCAAGAUGAAGUAUGAUGAGAUCACUGCCACCUACCUGCUGCUGGGGAGGAAGUCUUCUGAGCUGGAGCCCAGUGUUUCAACCUCCAGCAGCAACCUGUCCCUGGCUAAGCCCCGGCCCACCAGCGAGCUCAAUGGCCAGUCCCCCUCACACCUCAAAGUCCAGCGGAGCGUCUCCUCCAACCAGAAACAGAGACGCUACAGUGAUCAGGUGGGUCAGAAUGUUCCCCCAGGUUCAGGACACCCUAAGAGGAGCCAGACCAGCACGGCCGAAAACAACAUCAAAGAGGAGGGAGGGCGCAGUGUCCCCGGGGGGCGCUGUCCCCCUCCACCCAGCCCCUUGCUGGGGAACGCCAACAACCCCAACAAGGCUGAUAUUCCCAAUGGCAGGAAGGGAGUUACCACUGUUCCCAACAAUAACACUGGCUCUGACGGGAUGACGAGGAGAAACACGUACGUGUGCAGCGACAGGAAUGCUAUGGACUGUCUCUCUGUCAUUCCCAAUGGGAAGGAGAACAGUGUGGCUGUGUCUCCUGGCCAACGGAACCCCGUGGCAUCCACCCACAGCAUCACCAGCGCCACCACGCCGGACAGACUACGUUUCCCACGAGGAACAGCGAGCCGCAGCACCUUCCACAGUGGUCAGCUGAAGGAGCGCCGCACGGCCACCUACAACGGGCCACCAGCCUCACCCACCCUGUCCCAAGACGCAGCGCCCCUUUCCCAGACCCGCAGCCGCGGCUCCAGCAACCUCUUCUCCAAACUCACCUCCAAACUCACACGCAGAGUCUCAACCGAGUUUGAAAGAAACGGGAGAUUUGAGAGCUCAAGUCGCCAUGUACCUGGGGAUCAGAAAGGGGAAAGUAAAGACGGUAAACCCCGCUCCCUCAGAUUCACUUGGAGUAUGAGGACCACCAGCUCCAUGGAGCCUUGUGACAUCAUGCGGGAGAUACGCAAGGUGCUUGAGGCCAACAAUUGUGACUACGAACAGCAAGAGUGUUUCCUGCUGCUCUGUGUCCAUGGCGAUGCUGAGAACCUUGUCCAAUGGGUGAUGGAGGUGUGCAAGCUUCCCCGCCUCUCCCUCAAUGGCGUGAGAUUCAAGAGGAUAUCGGGCUCAUCCAUCGCUUUUAAAAACAUUGCUUCCAAAGUUGCCAAUGAGUUAAAGCUAUGAACAAAAAGGGUAAAACUAUAUCUAGAAAGUAUAAGCUGUACAAUCUUUUUUUUUUUUACAAAAUACUGAGUAUGUAUUGAAUGAGUUUGGCAAUAAUAACUACAGUAUAUAAUCUGGUCAUCAUGAGUUGUCAUACAGAGAAACUUGACCAAAAUAGCAUUUGUCAUCUCAUGAAAGUUAACCUUUUCAGAGUAAAUAAUGAAUCUGACUUUCAAGACAGCCACACAUUGUUAUACACCAUUUCCUUAAUUUCAAAGAAUAUAUAAGAGAUGGAGUUCAUGUAAAUGCUCACAUGGUGAGAUCACCAGUGUCUCAAUAAAAUUCUGUAAACUUGA